AUGGGCGAAGACGCAUCUCGCUUGAAACUUUCACCUGGCGAGAGCGUUCUAGUCACCGAGGUCGCGUUCGAGAUGUGGGCGGCGAAUUCGUCGCUGAUGUUCGAGCGCGAUUCGAUAAAUCCCGAUAUCGUGCUAUCGUUUCGGAAGAGUUUUCACAUGUUCGUUUUCACAUCCUCGACAUCAAGCCGAAUAUGUCCGUCGUUGCUGAACGGAUCAGGAAACGUGCUAGCUCACGCUUUUUUAUCAUCGUCCGAAGUGUCGGAGGUACACAUGGAUAAUGCGGAGAGGUGGCACAUCGAGCUGACCGCUAAUCCUGACGAUACGAUUCAUCUGCUACAUACGUUGACGCACGAGAUCAGUUACGCGUUAGGAUUACAUCACAGUCCUCAGAAAAAUGCGAUAAUGUACGCCUUCGUCCCUUCUAAGACCUUUUCCGUGCGAUUGAGCGAGGCGGAUUUUCUCGCUAUUCAGAAUUUAUACGGUUUAAGAAAUAAGAGCGAAGUCUUAAGACCAGCGACGACGACGAUCGCGACGCGCAACACGGAGGAUUCCGCGAAUCUGUGCGCGUUGCGACACGCGUCAAUGCGGUGUUGGUGUUAG